AUGAAAAAAUCUUUUUUAUAUAGGAAAACAUUGUUGUCCCGUUUUUUUACAACAAUUUCUCUAGUAUCAAAAAAUGAAACUAAAUUAUCAAUAUCUAAAGAAAAUUUUUCAAAAAAAAAAAAACAACCAGAUACAAGAAUACCGCCUAAAUCUGACUUUAAAGGCUAUGUGAAUCCUGAGACAGGUGAAAUUGGAGGACCUAAAACGGAUCCACUUAUACAUGGAGAUUAUUCAUUUAAGGGACGUGCUAUUGAUUUUUGAUAUACAUUUUUUCAAAAUUUAUUCAUUCUGUAGUUUUUAUAUGUUUAUUUCUUGAAUAAAGCU